AUGGCUGUGAUCAGACCUCUCCAGCUGGUAGUCUUGUGGACAUCAGUGUUCUUUUCUAUGGCCUUUAACAUAGACACUGUAGGACCCAAGAUUUACAAUGGACCAGGACCCCGUGAAGACUUCUUUGGAUACAAGGUAUUGCAAUACCAGUCUGGAGGAGAGAAGGGGAUUGUUGUCAGUGCACCACUUCAGAACAAUGGAACUGGUGGGGUCUUCAUCUGUAAUGACACAAGUCCACACUGCGAUCCCAUUCCACUACCGAGUGCAGCAGAGGCUGAUUCUGAAGAUUUGAUCAAGGCAGUUGGAAUGUCGGUCGCUGUCAGAGCAAAACCAACUGUCCAAUUUACUGCCUGUAGUCCUUCAUGGAGUCAUGAUUGUGAUGGGACUCCCUAUCUCAACAGCAUUUGUUAUCAGUGGAGCAGCAAAGGCCAGGUCUCUAACAUCACCUCAGCUUUUCAAGCCUGCACAAAGCAAAAAGUGGAUCUAGUUUUCCUCUUUGAUGGAUCCGGGAGCAUGAGGACAGAGGACUUCACAAAAAAUAAAGUGUUCAUCAAAUCCAUCAUCAAUACAAUGCAGAACCCAUCAAUUCAAUUUGCAGCAGUUCAGUUCUCUACAAUUUUCAAAACAGUUUUCACAUUUAAAGACUAUGUAAACAAGAAAGCCUUUAAAAAACUGGAUGAUGAACCACAUAUGAAAGGUUUGACUAACACGCAUAUGGCCAUGCGCUUCACUCUGCAGGAACUAUUUGACAACCCAAAGAGUGGUAGCAUUCCAGAUGCAUUAAAGGCUGUGGUCAUCAUCACUGAUGGCAAUCCUGCAGACCGUGACAAAAUGGCAACUAUGAAUGUGAAUGGCGUUAAAACAGGCAUUUUACAAAUCUAUGAAGACCGACACAUCCUCCGAUUUGUCAUUGGGGUUGGAAAGGACUUGCACAUGCCAAAACUUAAACUGUUAGCAUCAGAUCCCAAAUCCAGUCAUUCCUUCUACAUUCAAGACUAUGUUGGGCUGAAUGGUCUUCUGAAAAACUUACAAACAAAGAUCUUCAACAUAGAAGGUUUUAAACAGGACCAGGGUCCAUCGUGGGAAAAAGAACUUUCACAGAGUGGAAUAAGUGCUGAGUUCACUGAGGACACAUUGAUUCUAGGAUCAGUAGGAUCCAACAACUGGAAAGGAUCUCUUUAUCAGAUUAAGGAUUUACCUGAGAUUGAAAUUCAAGACCCAAACAUGGCAAAUUACUCUUACAUGGGCUACUCUGUUUCUGUUGGAAAGAACAAUGGCGUUCCUUUGUUCUUUACGGGUGCUCCCAGAUACAAACACAGGGGACAGGUCAUUGUCUUCAGCAAAACUGGAGAUAACAGGAAUGUCACACAAAGAGUUGACAGUGAGAAGCUUGGAUCUUAUUUUGGAGCAGAGCUGUGUGCUGUUGACAUUGACUCUGAUGGCACCACUGACUUCCUCAUGGUGGGGGCUCCCCUCUAUUAUGAGCCUCAGAGAGAGGGCCGCAUGUAUGUGUACGCCCUUACGGAAAAGAACAAUCUGGAGAAGAUGCAUAGUAUUUCGGAGUCAUCUCAGGGCAGGUUUGGCUCCUCCAUUGCCUCUCUCAGGGACCUCAAUGGUGAUGGGCUCCAAGACCUGGCAGUGGGAGCUCCACUGGAGGACCACCAGAGAGGAGCCGUCUACAUCUACUUCGGAGACAAAACUACGGGAAUUCGCCAAAAGUAUAGUCAGCACAUCAGAGCGAAGAUACUGUCAGAAGGUUUGCAGCAGUUUGGGGUGGCUAUUGAUGGGAAGUCUGACACGGAUGGACUGACAGAAAUUGCAGUGGGUGCUCGUGGACAGGUGGUUCUGCUACGGUCCAAGCCCGUCUUUAGUGUGUCGCCGCACCUCUCAUUCAGCCCCUCAGAGAUCAACAUCCAGCAGUUUGACUGCGUCGAGCACAAGGAGGCUUUCCCUGUGUUCCACGUGACCAUCUGCUUCAAGAUGAGAGAGCAAACCAGAAGCACAAAAGAUGCACUGAGCACAGGGAUUCAGUUGGACUAUGACCUGGUUGUUGAUUCCCAAAGACAAAACAGCCGAGGUUUCCUUGCACACAAUGACACUUUGAGAAGCGUUCGGUCAAGGCUUCAUCUAAACAAGACAGAAACUUGCCGAAAUCACACCAUCUAUAUGCCAAAAUGUGUAAUGGACACACUGUCUUCUGUCAUGCUCAAAGUGAAUUUCUCCCAAGCUGAGAGCCAGCAGUCUUUUGGGAUUUUAGAUGUUGCCAACAAGAAAAUGACCAUGGUGGAGGUGCCCUUUGAAAAAUCAUGUGGACACAAUGACACAUCUGUGGCAAAGCUAAGAAUGGACUUCAACUUCACCUGGUGUUGUUUACUGAUCAGUUGUUCACUGAUUUACAUGUGAUAGUGGAGCUGGAAAACCAGCUGCGACCAGAAAAGCUGCGACCAGAAGUUGCGACGGUAACGCAUCCUGUUAUUUGAAAACAAGAA